UGUUUGAGUGCAAAACACUCAGUCCGCUUCCAGUCGGUGCUAUCGCCACGUGACCCUUUUUGCUUUAAAUUCCUCUCUUUUGUUUUCGUUGUUUUUGAAGGGAAACCUCGUUCGCCAUAACUGGAAGAUACGCCUCGUAAAUCUUACCUUUGGCUGGAAAAUGUUCAUUGAGAGAAGCCGAAAGAAAGCUAAACAGCCUGUGUGUUGCUCCAAGUUGAUUCUGUGCCGCGCAUCACUGGAGCUAAGGGUGUUCAUUGGGGCAGUUAGAGAUGAACAAUCCCUUUUGUUCAAAGGGUUAAAUUAAUUCCCAGAAUCGGAAACGAACGAAAGAUUCCCCCCAUCCCCCCACCCCCCCAAUUUUCGUUUCCUUUUGUAUGCGCCCCGUGUUCCUCGACUUCGCCUGUCGCGAUCGAGAGGUUUGAAUUAGGCCGAGUCUAUUCAAUUAGUGGCUGGCUGGUAACAGUGGAGUUACACGAGGGUAACUGAGCUUGUUCCCAGGCUCGGCACGAUGUUUGGAAGCCAGUGAAUCGGGUCACAAAACGGGAAACGCUCCGUUUAACGAAAGAUCCAGGGCGCUGGAAGCAAAGCUCUUUCCGGCCGAUGUAGACGUUUAGAUUGAAGAGCGAUCAGCGGUCACCUCAAUUCGUCACCCCUAUGAUCUGUCAGGAGAAGGCAGUAACGCCGCCGUCCGCCAGCAACUCGCCUCAGGACCCACUUGACCUCCGGGAAGGACAUUCUGACUUGUUCCGUAUUUCCUGCACCAUGAGUCAUUUGGAGCUCACAGGCUGGUAUUGGGGAGCACUCACAUCAAUUGAAGCACGACAAAUUCUGAAUCAAACCACUGAAGGCACGUUUCUAAUCCGGGAUAGCUCUAACCCGGAAUAUCUUCUAACUUUAUCAGUCAAAACAAGCUCAGGACCUGCACACCUUCGAAUUGAGUACAACGAGGGAAAGUUCGGCUUCGAUUCAGUGGUUUUGGCAAAACCAAAGCUCAAGAAUUUUGAAGAUGUGGUUGAUCUAAUCCAGCAUUAUGUCUUGUUGUCUAAAAGUGCCCAAACUACACAUGACCAGUCAAUUGCACCAGUGACUAAAGAUACAGUCAUUCACCUGAAACUGACCAAACCUCUAUACGUUGCAACACCUUCAUUGCAACAUCUAUGUAGGAUUAUAAUCAAUAAAAGUACCAAGACAAUCCAAGAACUUCCCUUACCCACUAGAUUAAAGGAAUAUUUAUUAGAGUACCCUUUUCAUUUGUAAGUCAGUCAACAGAUAACCAUUCCUAAAAUGUGGGGGAGAGAAAAUGACUAUAUGUGUCAGGGGGACUUCUGUUAUACUGAGGAAAUGUUCAAUUGUUUCAUGUUAACAAUUGAAUGAGAUUUGGUGCUCUCUUACAACACACCCUAUAGAUAAUGAAUUAAACUGUCCGCCAUUUUUUAUAUUUGGAUUAAUUUAAUGUACAAGCAAAUUUCACAGUUUCUUAGUAAAUACAAUCGAUUUAGACUUCACAAAGUUUUUAUGGUAACUUUUUGACUUUUGUUCAACAGUUCUUUUGACAGUUACAGCUUGUCAUGGUUCAUUACACAUUGCAUACAACUUGCAUUCUUGAUGUGCGUUAUCUGGGGAAUAGUUUGGCAUCUGGCGGUUCUUGUGUUUUGCGAGAAUGGGAAGAGUCAGAAGAUGAAACCCUGCAUUGCCAGGAAAGUGCUUAAGGGACCUCAUCGAGGAGAGCAUCAUUACUAAAUAUUGUUGUGCCCUCACUUUCAGCCCAAGUGCCAAAAUUUGCUGCUGGGAAUAAAAAAGGAUUGCUUAGCUAGCCAUCGGGAUUGAUUUAGAACACUGUCUCCUGGUGCUCCCCACAAUGACUCCCAUAAGCUCCAAUAUGAGCAAGCACUUGGGCUUUCUCCUUGUCACAGGUCGGUAACAUGGCUUGAUAUUGUUUGGCAAACUGUGUCUGUCCCUGUGAACUUGCAGACUUUGGCUCUCUCUACGGGUUGUGGGAGCAUUCCCCACUUAACCUUUUGUUUAAUGUUUGAACUUAUGUGGCAAAUUAGCCAGCUUCAAUUAAUAUUUGAGAAUAUACUAUGUGUAUGUGCAAAUGAACCAAAAAGAACUGGGCACAAAGUAUUUGUGCAUUAAACUUUUCCCAAAAACAAAUCUUUUGUCUAAAACAGAUUGGCCUGAAAUUUGUCAAUGUAAUGGUUGCAAAACUGUAAGCACUCGCCAUCAUUACUGACCACAACUUCUGGUUUCUGCAUGUUCUCAGCUAAAUGUGGAAAUUCGGAAGUUGCUGUCAGUUAUGUCCUGUUCCCCCACAGGAUGCGCUGUUGCAGACUUCGCAGAUGCAGACCACACAGUCAGUGAUUUGACAUGACUUCAACUUUUUAUGCACUAUUCUCGCUGUAAAAAUCAUUGAAAAUGUUAAGCUUGAGAUUUUAACAGCUUACUAAGUUAUGAUUAGUGCUGAACAACAUCUAUGGCCCUGAGAAUCUAAUUUUGUAAGUGUGGAGUGUCAUUCGCUCCAUUUCAUGAUGAUAAUUCCAUAGAUUUAAUUUUUUUUUAAAGUUUAUAUGAAUUUUCAGCUUCUACCUUAAUCUUAUGCGUAUGUUCCUGUCUUUAUUUUGCUCUCUGUAAAAUGAUUAGAUGCAAAUAACAGCCCUCGCUUUUUACUUCU